CCAGCCCAUCCCCAUCCCCACCACGCCACGCUGCCAACCCCCUCCCUCUCCCUUUCCCCACUCCCCCUCCCGCCGUCGUCAACCCACCCAAAUCCCCCCGCCCCGCCCCGCGCAGAUCCCGCCCGCCGCGCCGGUGGCCGCCCCGCCGCCGGCGACACCGCAGCAUACCCGCCCCCCACCCCCCUCGCGCGCCCAAACCCUAGCCCGUGCCCCCCCCCGCCCCUACUACUCUACUCGACAGAGAUCCGAUCUGACGGGGCCGAGGCGGCGCACCGGAACCCCGGCGGGGCCGAGAUGGGGGACUUCAACGUGGCGCUGGUGAUCGUGGCGGCGGUGGUGAGCGUCCUGGUGCUGCUCGUCAGCGUCUACCUGCUCGUCAACUACCAGCACCCCGACGACGCCAACCAGGCCUACUUCCCCAAGCUCGUCGUCGUGCUCGGCAUCACCGUCGCCGUCCUCUCCAUCCUCAUGCUCCCCGCCGACGUCGCCAACAGGCAGGCCUGCAAGCGGGCCGUCUACAGCGGGGCCUGCUCCCUCACCCUCCCCAUGAAGACGCUCUGGCUCGUCGUCUACAUCAUCGACGCCGUCCUCGUCUUCCUCGUCAUACCGUUCGCCAUGUUCUACUACGAGGGCGACCAGGACAAGUCCGUCGGGAAGCGGCUCAAGAGCGCCCUCAUAUGGGUCGUCGCCUCCGCCGUCGUCUGCGGCCUCGUCCUCGGCAUCCUAUACGCACUUAUUGGCAAAGUGGACUUCACUGUCAGGCACCUCUCUUCAUCUGUCCAGACAUUUCCAGGCCCAAACCAGUUCGGUGCAUUCACAAGUGGCCAACCUUGCAUCGCUCCAUUGACCCGUCAGUGUUCAGCUAAUACUGCACCUGCUAACUCUCAAACAACUUGGACAAUGCGUGCUACAUUCCCUGAAUACGUGGUUGCCCUUGCUACCAUUGUUGGAUCUGUGCUCUUCACAAUAUUUGGUGGUGUUGGCAUUGCUUGCCUUCCCUUGAGUCUUAUAUUCUCGUUUGUCCGGCGUCCAAAAGCUGUCAUCACACGCUCACAAUAUAUAAAGGAAGCAACUGAAUUAGGAAAGAAGGCCAAGGAAUUGAAGAAGGCAGCUGAAGCCCUUCACCAAGAAGAGAGAAGUGGGAACAAAGGCAGAAAAUGGCGCAAAAAUGUGAAGGCUGUCGAGAAGGAGUUGCUACUUUUGGAAAAUGACAUGAAUGCCCUGGAAGAGAUGUACCCUCAAGGAGAGAAGGCUGAGGCUACCUGGGCUUUUACAGUGCUUGCUUACAUUGGAAAACUCAUAUUCGGCAUUGUUGGGUUAAUUGUAUCGAUUGCUUGGGUUGCACAUAUUAUCAUAUACUUGUUGGUGGAUCCCCCUCUAUCUUCUUUCCUGAAUGAGAUCUUCAUAAAGCUGGACAGUGUUUGGGGUCUGCUUGGGACUGCUGCUUUUGCAUUCUUCUGUUUCUAUCUCCUCAUCGCAGUCAUUGCUGGGGAAAUGAUGCUUGGCCUGAAACUAGUUUUCAUCACCAUUCACCCAAUGAAAUGGGGAGGAACUUUGAUGAAUUCUUUCCUGUUUAAUGUCGGAUUGAUCCUACUCUGUUCCAUCAGUGUGAUUCAGUUCUGCGCGACAGCUUUUGCGUACUACGCACAAGCGACUGCAGCCCAGGAGAUCUUUGGCCACACACUGCAGUCUCUUCGCGGAAUCAAGUAUCUCUACAAGUACAAUGUUUUCCAAUAUGGAUUUGUUGCUCUCGCCAUACUCACACUCUUCUACUAUGCACUUUUUGGAUGGCGAAAGAGGAAACCGACAGGAAGGUUCCAGCUCUCAAACUAAUUUUCGGUUUGCUCUGUAAGCAACGCCUGACAAAUUCAACAUCAUAUUUGUUCCCGAGUGAUAGUUUGGUUAGCGAUGUAUAUGAUCUUCAAACCGCUUUCUGGAAGAGUUGGGGCGUUUUCAUGGGUGUAAAUUAGGCAACGAAAAUCUUGGAAGAUGGAAAACACCCACGGACACGGAUGUUAAAGUAGAAGAACCUAGUUUCCUUUGUAAUGUACACAUUCCUCAUCUCGGUUCUUUUCUGUAUUAUUGUUUUAUGAUCAUCAAUCGGCUGAUGUUAUUAUUGAAGUUUGAUUGGUCUGUGA